AGUAGAAAAUACGUUUUCUACAGAUACAAGUGAUACAAAUUUGAGUGAUCAAUAUUGUAUUACCUAAGUUUCUCACUUUUCGUAAUUCUUUCACAUAAAAAUCUUAAACUGUUCUAAUUUUGUUAAAAUCUGCAUUACAUUUUUUUUUUCACGUGCAACGGUAUAAACUACAGUUUUAGUGGGAUGUACAGAUAAGAUCGUGUGCCCCCGUUUUUCAGUACUCAACUAUUUGCUGAACAAGACACUGAUCCGAAGUGAAGCUUUUCUCCCACAAAUCCUCUGAUGUUCUAAAAACAUGAAAUUUGAAGUGGGGCUGUGUGUCGGGAGUAUAGGCUCAAUUAGGCAGAUGCGCAUGUAGAACCAAUCACCAACAGUCAGCUGAGACAAUACUUCAGCGGUGCUUCGAUCAAGAAAGAAUCAUAAUUCUUCUAAGACUCUAAGUGAAACAGUGCGUUGGACGCGGACAAUUUCGAGACAGGAAACUUAACCAAAAUGGAUUUUUUGAAUAGUAGCCUCCCUUCGGGUAGAAAAAAAAAGCAGCAGCAUGGCGUCACAAAUUGAACGAGAGGGAGUUGUUCGCGACGAGAAAACCGGCGAAUUGAUAAUCCCAGCAAGCCAAAGACCAGAUGGAACUUGGAGAAAAGCACGGCGUGUCAAAGAUGGCUACAUACCGCAAGAAGAAGUUCCAAUCUUUGAAAGCAAAGGAACACAGUGGCUGAAGAGUCGCCCAACCCAUCCCAUAGGACUGAGUCCAGAGGAUGUAGAGAAAAUGGAGCAAACAAAGAAGAUGCUAGCAGAUCCAAAACCUGCCCAACCGAUGCACACAUCAAAAGCUGCAAAGAAAAAUGCGAAGAGGAAAGAGAAAAAAAGACAAGACGCAAAAUCUUCAGUCACAAAAUGCAUUGAGCAAGUGACGAUAACUGCCAAAUCUUGCUCAUCCAACCCUGAAUCAGAAGAUUUAAAACCAGACUUAGCCAAAAAACUGAAAAAUUUAAAAAAGAAGUUAAAACAGAUAGAAGAACUAGAAAAUAAGAUAAAAUCUGGGGAACUAAAAAAUCCUGAGAAAGACCAAUUAGAAAAAAUCAGCAGAAAGAAAGCAAUUUUGGAAGAAAUUGAGGAUCUUGAAUUAGAGCUGGAAGAAUCAUCAUGACAGUUUUAAUGCACUAAUAAGCUAAUUUCAUAACCAUCCAUGCUGUUAUUCAAGGUCAAAUAAGCAUGAACAGGGUGAAUUAUAUCUCAUAGCAUUAACAUUUCUGCUAUGUCGGUGCAUGUAGCUUUCAUUGUGAUAAAAAAUGUUUCCAUUAUUGAUGUUCCCCUGUGUCAUACUAUUAAAUCAAAGUUUAAUUGUUGAUUUGUGAAGUCAUUGAUGUAAUGGCAUUUUAACCUUCAUACCACAGGUGGAACAAAAUAUCUAUGUGUUUCCCAGAAUCAGCAAAUGUAAAGACAAUGACAUAAAGUCCUAGCAUCUCAUUUGCUGACAUCAAGGGAAAUAGCCAAAAGAGAGAUGUUGAGGCAUCAUGACCAAAAUAAAGAUCUGAUUUACAACUAAGAUUUGUUUAGAGGAAACAAAAUCCAUGCACGAGUCAUUGAUGUGAUCUUAAUGCUACUACUAAUGUUUACUUGGUGGUAAAUUUGGUGACAGCAAUGAACAAAAAAACUAAUUGAUACUUACGUGGCAUGCCUUUUGAUCUUCAUGCUGUUCAGUGCCACGUUAACCUAAUAUCUGCAGUUAGAAGCUAGAAACAAGUAUUUCUAUUUAUGCAUAUUUCUGUAUGUGCCUGUGUGUGUGUGGGCGAGAGAGAGGGUUUGAACUCAAGAGAGGUUGUGUUAUCAUACAUCUUAAAAUGUUUUGUUUUUGAAACAGAAUGUGCCUCACUUUGACAAGGUGGUUAUUAAGAAUGAAAAGGUGAGAGCAUCAUGUUUUAAAAUAAAGGUAUUACACAUACUUCUUGCAGAUUUUUAAUAAGUAUGCAUGCUUUCCAUUAUUAUGUGCAGUUAUAUAAAAUAGAUUUCAACA